AUGUCAGCCAAUGUACAAGAAGCUGCAGACGCAGCCAUAGAGCUAGCCAGUUUUGUUAAAGUUCCAGUGCCUGAACCACCAACUAGUUUGCAACAAUUGAUCAAUGAUUGGCAAUUAAUCAAGCACAGAGAAGGUGGGUAUUUCAAGGAAACAGAUAGAUCUCCCUACACCAUGGAAUUGGAAAAACCGGAAAAUGGAGGUUCAGGGAAGAUUGAAACUGUAACAAGAAACCAAUCCACGCUGAUUUACUACUUGUUGACCCCCGACAGCCCAAUUGGGAAAUUUCACAAGAAUAUCAACAGGAUCAUACAUAUCUUACAAAGGGGUAAGGGUCAAUACGUUCUAGUGUAUCCUGAUGGUCAAGUGAAAUCAUUUAAGGUUGGUUUUGACUAUAAGAAUGGAGAAGUCUCGCAAUGGGUUGUCCCCGGAGGUGUGUUUAAGGCAAGUUUUCUUCUGCCAAACGAAGAAUUUGACAACGGCUUCUUGAUUAGUGAAGUAGUGGUACCUGGUUUUGAUUUUGAGGAUCACACCUUCAUGAAAGGUGAAGAUGAAUUGAAACACCUUGUCGGACCCGAAAAGGCAGCUGAGUUAGCUUUCUUAGCUUAA